UGUUGUUUGUUUCAUGCAACCUCUCAAUCACAGGAUCAGGUAUGUAGACAUCGUAAACGACUUAAUUACUUAUUAAUACUGUAUAGUUUUUAAAAAUAUCAUACGAAUUUCUAUUACUCUCCUCGUAUCUAUGAGCUUGGCCAGCAGUUUGAUUAAUCUAAUUUAGAAGUAGAUCUUGCUAAGUGUGCAUAAACUUGGGUUGUAUGCAAGUGUAUAAUCAAUAAAACUAUUUUCAUGAAUGGUAAUAUCAUACAGAAUAACUACAUCUUAGUCAAUAUUUGCUAGUGCCCCUUUACCGAUCCCGCAUUUAAUUAGGAAGUGUACCAAGUAGUACCUAGUAAUAGUAUCGGGAUAGAUAGAGUCGUGGUGACGCGGGACGAUGCGGUGCGUGGGUCAGGGUGACUGUCCGUCUGGGUGUCUGGGUCCGCCGGAGGUGACUGAGGGUCAGGCGCUGAGUGAGUGUGAUGUUUCAGUGCGGAUAUCUCGGCGGUCUGCGCUCAUCACUCGGUGGCUGGACGCAGAAAGUAAAAUCAUGGUACUGGGGACGACCUCUAGACAUGGCCCACAAGUUAUCGCGUAGCUUCGACAUGAAAGAAGAAGGUGGUGCAUUACUUGAGGAUCGAGGUGGGAUCCGCAGGCACCAGUCCAUGCAGCGACUGCAACAUGGCGAAUCGCAGAUGGACGAAGGCAGAGCGGCGAGGGUCGUGCCCGACCACCAUGGCAACCUGCAUAUUACGGUGAAGAAGACCAAGCCUAUCCUUGGCAUCGCGAUCGAAGGCGGCGCCAAUACUAAACACCCACUACCUAGAAUAAUUAACAUACAUGAACACGGAUCGGCGUUUGAAGCAGGAGGGUUAGAAGUGGGCCAACUAAUACUGGCGGUGGAUGGGAAUCGAGUAGAAGGGAUGCAACACCAAGAAGUCGCUCGGCUUAUUGCAGAGUCCUUCGCGCAAAGAGAUAAACCGGAAAUAGAAUUUUUAGUCGUCGAAGCAAAGAAAUCCAACUUGGAACCAAAGCCAACGGCGCUCAUUUUCUUGGAGGCCUAACAUCUACUUUCCCUCCCCGCCAGCGACCCUCCGAACGCGCUGGGCACCGCGAUGUCGGAGGUCGACCUCACCGCGCACACCACGGAAUAGCCAACUCCAACCUGCGCUGCCACAUGCUCUUUUGAACGUCCAGUCGGUGCUGAACGCUCUUCGCGGACUACUACAGUACCAUGCGACAUGCCCAGCUUUGUUGCAUUGGUGACAUAAGUGUCACGCGACUAGCGAAAGCAGACGACGAGAGGUUCGCUCUACAGAAGUAUUGCGUCAAUAAAAUAGAUGAUGAACUUUAAUUCAACUAUUCCUGUCCUGACGUUGCAACGGACUGAAAUGAGAAAAAAAACGCAGGUAUCCUUAUAAGUAGGCUAUACGAAACUAAUGGCACAAGGGAGGCAUAUUUUGAUAAUAUAAAAAAUCUUGUAAAAAUAAUAAAUAACGCAGAAACUUGAAAAAAUAUUCCCAAGUACAUGCCCAUGGGAUUUACGGGUAGAAUCAAAAUUUUUGAAAUUCUUUUCUAGAAUGUAGAGUUACCAAUUUUACCGGUAGUCUGUGACUGAAUUUUAUAAGAGAUCUCCUAACUUUUAAUGAUUGUAAUUAAUACGCUAAAAUAAAUCACAUACGAAUAAGUCACAAGUAAAAAUUUUUACAAAUAAGCACAUUUGAUACAAUUCUGAAAACUGAUUAUAGCAAAAUUAAUUAAAUAGAAGAACAUAAUUUGAAGAGAUGUGCUAAUUUGAAACAUAUUGGAAUGGUACUAUGAACACUGCGCGUUUCAUAUCACAUCGGUUCUUGAAUCGUAUUACCAUAGUAGUUUCGGUAGAGUUGAUCUAGAGCUUACAAUCUGGCGUAUACAUACAUUUCAUGUGAUAUUUUCACGUCACUUGCGUCAUCCAUGUGCCAUCAACGUUUUAAAUCCAGCUUAGGUUCGGUCUGGGGAAUCAUUCGGUUCAGUAUUGGGUAAGAGAUUAGGUUCAGCCUUGCGGUAAGCAUUCGGUUCAUCUCAUCACAGGUCGUUGUGCCGAAGGUACUCACUAGAGAACGCCCUAGGGGUCAUCAUCCUUGUCAUCAGUAGAGCAGAGCUUGCAGCACGCGGUGCACUCCUAAGCAAGCUGUCCAUACACUUUAGAUAAACAGUAGGUACCUAGUCAGCCUAUCCAUAACUUUUUCGGAACUACCUACUUACCUUGAAAAUAGAGUAAAACCAACAGUUAAACAUCAACAUACGAUCAUUUUUAAAUAAUUUUAAUGAAACAAAAAAGAUCAAAUCUUUUGUUUUUGAUUGUUACAUUAAAGUUCUUUACUAUUUUGGUUUUGUUUUGGUUCAGUUUGCUUAGAGAAUUGCACAUAUGGUGCGUCAAAAGCGGUGAGUUAAGAAAUUUAUGGCGGAGAGGGAUAGCCCACUCAAUUUACCAAAUACGUAGAUUUAAGUGAAUGUGUGCAUUAUAAUCAAUUUUAUGUUAGAUGUUAGUUACAAAUUGGCUUUUAUAUUAUCAUAUAGUAGAUCGUCACAAAUGGAAACACAGUUCAAAAAGUGUUACUUAGAUGCUUUCUCAUAUUCGUAAUAAAAACAAAUUUAUUAAUCGACAAGAAAUUCUUAAUCCAUUCACUAUAACCAAGAACUACAUCAUUUAAUUAAUGUACAGUAACAAAUAUCAUCUUGUCUUUAUCCCACUUAAGUGGGGUGUCUGACAAAAUAGUGUACAUUAAUUAAUUAACGCACCCAAACAAAUACGAUUUUUACAUCAUAAGUUAAUUUUUUUAACAAAUUUUAAAAAACCUUGUUAAACCCACCUCAAUCCACUCGGAUUUCAAUAUUGGAUUCCACAUACUGUAACUCCUAAAUUCGAUUAAACAUAUAUUAAUAUGUUUAAUCGAAUUUAGGAUAUAGCUCUCAUUAAUUUUACAAAAACUAAAAAGGAUGUCACUGUUAUUGGAAUUGUGCUAUUAUUAUUGGAAUAAUUGCCUGAUUCCGAUAUACUUGAUACAGUUUGUACUAGUUUUAUUAAAAUGCAAGGAAAAAAUUCGGUGGUAACUUUUACAAAUAAGAAAUCUUUUUUAAAUAUAAGUGUUUCGAGCUCAAUAAGAUAUUGAUACGAGUAUGUUUAUUUACUGCAAAUUAUUCCCCACGGUUCUGUCUCAGAAUCGCUUUCAAUUCGUAUUUAAUUGAUCAUCCCCUACAAUUUUAAUGGGAACUUUGGUUACUGUGGUUGUAGCGUAUGGAUUGAAUAUUUUCUCAUUUAAAUAUUUACUUGGAUGUUAAACGUGAUUUCAAAUAUAUUAUCAACGUAUAGAGAUAUCAGUGUUUUGCUAAAGCUUUUGACUCUGUACAGCGGCUCUGUAGAUAUAUUUACCGUUAACCGAUACGUUCACAAAUGAAAUAAUUAUCUUGUAAUAUAAUGUAACCGAACCUUUUAAAAAUUGUUUUAUCUGAAAUGCAUUUAAAGUAUUGUAAAUAUUAUAUACAUCAAUAAUACUAUGUAAAAUUAAGUUGUAAAUAUAUUUGAAUGAAUUGUAAAAAAUAUAAUUAUAUUUCAUGAAGUUAGUGCCAAAGCGUACCUACAGUCCCUCAAAUAUUUUGCAGUUUAUACAGAUAUAUUCACGAUUAUAUCCACCUUACUUACUCUUAUUGUACUUGCAAAAUGUAAUCACAUCUUGUUAUCUUAGGCUUGAAUAUUAGUAUAUAUGUAUUUGAUGUAUAUUCUUUAUUAACAAUCGUUAUCGUUUUAGUUACAAAAAAUCUUUUUUCCAUCUUAAUUUAUAUUCAAAUAAAAUGCAUGUAACAAAUUAUACUGUACUUCUUAUGUAACAUAUAAUACUAUAUUUUUUAAUUGUAUACGCGUUCGAUAUUCCAUUCUUUCAUAUACUUUACAAAAUUAAUAACUUAAAUACACAAUCAGAUAUAUACUCGUACACACACUGGUGGUUUAUUCGUUAAUGUAUCUGUAUUAAGCUUAUAACAGUUUUCUACGUUCAUCUUACCUGAAAAAUAUAAUAAUAAUAUAUUAAAUAAAGCAACAAAAUCCACAUCAGAAUUUUCAGAAUUACUUAAUAAAAUUACCUAUCUAUGUUUUGAUUUAAUGUGGCCGAAAUUAUUUUUAUUAGUUGUUGAAAUAAUUUGUAAAAUUGUUUGCAAAACUCUUUUACUAUACCUACAUAUUAAGAUUUCUGAAUUAGUAACUGCUAAUCAGAAGUAAACAAAAACAAAUAAGUUAUGAAUGUUCAGAAUGUGUAUCUCAUCAAAAUUUUUUGGUCUCUGUUGAUACAACAUUUAGCUAUUCUAAGUUAAUAAAAUUAAAAUUAUGUGUAGUAAUUUAAAACCGUUAUGAAUGUAAUGUCCCCGGUAAAAUAGUGAUUCGCAAAAUCUGGAAUAUCAGAACAUACAAAUUCAGAUGAUAAAAGAUUGUCUUAUUUAUGUUUAAAUUACUAUUAUAUUACUGUGAUGAGGUGAUGUAUUCUUAUUCACGUACCUAUUUAAACUCAUCACCUGUUCAGUUGAUAAGUUCAUUUUUAUCACCAAAAUUGUGAACGAUUUUAUAAAUUAUUUCAUCAAAUGGGGUAAGCUUUGUAAGCUUGUAGGUCACUUAUUUCAAAUAUUAUUUCAACAAACCGUUAUCAUGUCCUCUGCACGUUUGUAGGAACAUCUAUUUAUAAUCGAUUACGAUUAUUUAAUUCUUUAAACGAAUAGAUUUAUUAAAAUACCAUGAUUUAUAAUGGUAUUAAUUAUUAAUCAUUUUCAAAAAAUAUCUAUUUUAAUUAAUUUCUUCAGUUUUUCAUUGGACGAUUUAUUAUGAUUUUCAUUUAGUUUUACUCAAAUCAAUAAAAUUACGAAAAUUGAUUAAGCAGCAGUUAUUUUAGUAAUAAAAUAAACCAAAACACCUGUACCUAAACUUCAAAAAUUGCAAGUCAAUUAGUCAUAAUAAUUUACUACUACUUAUAACACUUGUGGUUCUACUUAAUAAAGAAUAAUUUGAUCGAUUAUACAUAGUCAAUUCAAUAUCUACUACGUAUAUAAAUAUACCUGACAUUUUCAAUACAUUUGUAAAUAACAACUCAAUCAACUUGUUUCUACUUAGUACUUUAAUAGAGAUCUGAAACGUAAUGAAUAUUAGUAUCUAUUUGUGAAAUUAUGUUGAUACAAUAAUUAUUUUACUUAUCAUCAGAGUUACUCGUAAAGUGCCUGGUAGAUACAAAUACGCUCUAAGUUGUAAUACAGAGAUAAUUACUUUCGUUAUUGUUUGGUCGUUGUUCCUAGCAAAUGUAUCGAAAAAUUCAAUAUCACGUGUGUGCAAUUAUAAUAAAAUGUAAAAGGUCGAGGCGCAAAUUUUAGUAGCACCAUCGCGAUUCUUAAGUUUCGGAUACACUGUUGCAUUGCGUUCAACCAUGCGUCUACCAAUCAUAAGCAUUUUCAAAUCGACAUGCCUUGUUAUUGGUAGAUUGCAGAAUGGCAAUGUCAAAUAAGUGCAUCCGAGGUUUAACUACUAAUAAACCACUCUCGUUUCAUACCAACAUAGACGACAUUUUCACGAUAGCUUAGUUACAUGGAAUUUUUUUGUAAUAGUUGCGUUUUUAUACGUAAUGUGAUAUUCCUAAAUUUUCUAUGCCGUCCAUUUUGAUUUGAUUUUCAUUUCUUCAUUGCGUGACGGUGUGAUCCCAAUUUUAGCUAGUUUUGUGAUAUUGUAUGGUCAGAAUCUACACUAUGUAAAAUCAUGUGUAUCAAAGUUUCGCGCACACUGAUAAACGUCAAGUUUGCGUUCAAUAUUGCCACAUCUUUUUAAUCGAGCUGUGUCAAUGAUCUGAGGCACGGCAGUCAUCUUAUAGUGAACAUAUCAAUAUUAAAAAUCUUUUAUAUUUUAAAUAAAUAGGCCGACUUGGCAAGCGCUCUAAGCAAUGUUAUUGAAUAUAAUAAUAAUAAUAAUUGUAACAUACGAGUAUAUUGUGUAUUCAUGCGAUGGUCAAGUCAAUCUAUUUAUUUAAAAUAUAAAAGAUUUUUAAUAUUGAUAUGUUCAUUAUAAAAUGUUGUUAGGUUAGCUAAUUACGUAAUAAUUUGAAAUAGAAGAUCCCUUAAUCACGGACAGAAUAAAGUAAUCGACUUGGUAUUACAUGGAUCUCACAACUUUUUGCGGUUGAAUAACGGUUGAUUGCGAGAGUUGCUACAUUUUACAAGUGUUGUUUUUUUAUGGCAUUAAGCUUUCUACAGCGUUCGCGAGUGUUACACAGUAACUGGUAUCACGAGACACUAAAUAAGACUUAUGAGAUUGUUAGGACGUUGGACGCAAGUUAGAGCGCAAACAAGAAUGCAUCUAUGUGCGCGGUGCUUUAAGUUGUGGUUGAUAGAGUUUACUAUAAUUUACCUUCAUCCUGUACUCAAUUACGUACUCAUACUUCGUGCUGAUAUUACGUUGUAAUCUAUGUUGUAGUCUAUUGUUAAGUUUGCAGUUGACAACAAAAUAUAUUGUUAUCUAGAUAAUGUAA